AUGAUCUCUCAGUGGGUCACCCGCGCCAAGCAGCUCUACAACGAGCUCGGGGACAAUGACACUCGCCCUCGCUUCAUCUCCAAUACGCCGUAUAAUGAUAGCCUGCAUUGCGGAGCUUUAAACUCCAAAAGCUUUUGCUUCGAUGUGCUCAGUGACCAUUCAGCUUCCCGUUACUAUAUUGUCCGGUUCAAGGGACCUGAAGGGGUCGCGAUAUCCCGCAGAGACUUUUGCAUGGCAUGGGCCCUUUGCCGUCGGACAGUCGCUUUUUUAGGCGGCCUCAAAUCAUCAAUACAAGACUGGAGUCUUGAGCAGGAAUACACAGAAGAUUUAGAGACCAUCUCUGAGCUGCUCCGCAAAGUAAGUCUUGUAUCCGGUAAAGCAGUAUCAGCAGCUCAUUCUUCUGUUUUGGAACAGUACGAAGCCUAUUGGGACGAACUCAAUUUUGUCAUGCAGCAUAUCAGUUCCUGGGAACGGAUCGGUUAUCUGCCCUUUAUCCACGCCCGUCUCCCAACCGACUACAAAUCCCUCGUAAGCAACCCGGGCGAACCCCGCUCUCGUAGAUGGAUGCUCAAAGGCGUGGACAAUGGGAACUGGGCUCCGCUCGACGCUCAAUUCUACUGUGAUUCGCCUUUCAGCGCACUAUACAUCUUUUACGUCAAGAAGAUAUUGGAAUUACACGAAGAAGGUUUCGAGGAUCGGUGGUUUGCUAUGUGGGAUAUGUGGGGGCCGGAUCCGGUUGAGUACAAGCUAUACCGCUUCCCGAGGGAUAUCCCCAUCAGUGAGAGUGAAUUGCAGUUGCGGAAGAAGAGUCAAGGUGUGAACUUCGGGGAGCUACUAUCGGAAUCGGGUGAUAUAUCACGAACUCCAAUCCGGGUCUACGAUGAGUAA